CAAACAAUCAUCUUCACCUUCAUCGCCAUCCUCGCUCGCUCGCUCGGAUCCUUUCGGCGGUCCGCGAUGGAGGCGACGUCGGCGUCUGCGUGUGCGGCGGCGUGUGCGUCGGCGACGUCCGCUCACAGUCUGCUGCUGCUGCAGCAGCUCAACGUGCAGCGCGAGUUCGGUUUCUUGUGCGACUGCACGGUCGCCAUCGGCAAUGUCUAUUUCAAAGCUCACCGCGCCGUCCUCGCUGCCUUCUCAAACUAUUUCAAGAUGAUCUUCAUCCACCAGACCAGCGAGUGCAUCAAGAUCCAGCCCACCGACAUCCAGCCUGAUGUGUUUAGCUACCUGCUGCACGUGAUGUACACCGGGGCGUGCCCCAAGCAGGCCGUGGAGCCCGCCCGUCUGGAGGAAGGCAUCAAAUUCCUCCACGCCCACCAGCUGUGUCGCAAGGCUGGCGACGGGCCUGCCGGCGGCGCCAGCGCCGACGCCGCCACCGGCUCUGCCGCCGAUGCCGUGCGCAUGUCCAACCUGUACGGCAUUCAGAUCUCUUCCCAGCUGGCCGGCAAGGAGGCCCCCGCACCCGCCGUCCAGCCGGGGGGGCGGGGAGCCCGCGCCCACUCGCAUCCGUCGCUCGCCGUGGGAUCGGAAGGAGAGCGAUCGGAUGGCCACGGCUCUUCGCCGCAGGACGACUUCCACGUCUCGGCCACCGUCAAGCAGGAGCGUCCGGAUGAGGACGGAGCGGGGCCGGGGUCGCCGCCUCGGGACGGCGCAGCGUCCAAAGAUCGCCUGCCGCCGGCGCUGGCGUGUCCCCGCUGCGGCCAUCGCUGCCCGUCGCCCGAGCGGCUGCGCCAGCACCUGUUCAGCCACGCCCUUCACCCCGCCCUCUUCACGGAGGGGCUGACGUACGAAAGCGGGGGCGGCAGUGGCGGCCCGGAUGACGACGGCGUUGACGCUGGUCGCCUGGAGGAGGCGCUGCGCCAGAGUCAGGCGCUCGCCGCGCAGUUGGCGGCGGAGCUCCGCCGGAGCCGUGAGGGGGCGGGACUAAACGCCGCCCCCGCCACCCACUCGCGCAAGCGCAAGAUGGCGUGCGCCGUGUGCGGCGUGCGUUUCUCACACAAGAGUCAGCUUCAGGAGCACAUGUACGCGCACACGGCUAAGCCACCCAGACUGCAUCGCCAUAGUCAGCUCUUCCACAGCUCCGCCCACUUCUGUCCUGACGGGGGCGGGGCUUCAGCCAACGACACCCUCCUGGAAGUGGGCAGGGACGCUCAGGACAACGGAAGCUCCGCCUACUCGCUCGACUCGGAAAUCUCGCAGGAGAGCGGCGACGGCGGGCGUUGCGAGUGACGCCCGCCUGGUCAUGUGACCGGACGUCCCGCCGUGACUUUUGUCGAUAGACACUUCUCGUUUUGUCCUCUCUGUGGUUUUUAAAAGUAAAAGCUCUGCUCAAACACGC